UGUUAACAAUGCAGCGAGUGUCCAACUUUGUGCUGAUUUCUGAGAGUGUGGAGAAAAUGGAGGCUGCUUUCAUCACAUCCACUCAGCCCGUCCGCCUCCACUGAUUCCCCCGCGGCCUGCUCUCGGCUCCUCGCUCCGGGGACACGGAACUUUUUUUCCUGGUGGGUUUUAAACGGCGGUCGGUCUGCGGGGUGUCGCUCCACGGACCUGGAGACAUCGAGGCUUCUUCUUCUCACAUGGCGCAGAUUGGCAGCAUCAUGGUUUGGCUCCGCAGUGCCCUCGUGACCGGCUGCAUUUCCUGGAAUAAGCUGGAACCUGAACCUUGAGAGCUGCACCAUGGAAUGUUUGUAGUAUCCCCACAUCAUCCUUAGCCAACCCACCAGCAUCGGCAAGAAUCAGAAACACAAAGAGAGACACAAACAAAUAAAGGGACACACACAGGGACUCCAAGAUCUGCUGUGGGACACUCUUUAUCUAUUUAGGUCAGCCAGCUUGAAAGGGAUCCUUCGGAGGGUGCAGGGGAGUGAGUGUCAAUUUGUGUGAGUGCAUGUGAGUGUGUGUUUCCCUUUUAGAGUAGGUGCCUCUCCUCAGGUACUGAGGCCAUGAGGCCAAAGACUUUCCCGGCCGCCCCGUACGUGGGCAACACGCGCCAGAGGCUUCAGGAGAUCAAGGAGGGUCUGAAGCAGCCGGCCAAGCUGGUGAGCCAGGCCCUGCAUGGGGGCAGCUCCCGGGGCGACGGCGGCAGAGGGGCCGACUGCAAGAGCGGAAAGGACACAGCAAGCCGGCAGCAGCAGGUCCGACCCCCGCAGAAGUUUAACAACUACCAGAAUGCCCUGCGGGAAAUCCGCAAGUCGCUCAUGCCCUUCGCCAAUGAGUCGGGCCCAUCCUCGGGGUCGGGGCACCCUUCAGGCGCUGGGGAGGUGAACCGGCAGAUGCUGCAAGAGCUGGUGAACGCCGGCUGUGACCAGGAGAUGGCGAUGCGGGCAUUGAAGCAAACAGGAAGCAGGAACAUCGAAGCAGCCUUGGAGUACAUCAGCAAAAUGGGUUACCUUGAUCCUCGCACUGAGCUCAUAGUCCGUGUCAUCAAGCAGACUUCACCAGGAAAAGCCGGCAUGCCAAACGCUAUGGACCACCGGCCUGCGAUGGAAGCUUCAGGAGAAGCAGCUGUGAUGCCUUCAUAUCAUCAGAUGGGGGCUACCAUGUAUGAGGGGGCAGGAGGAUAUGGUCCCGAGGGUGAGAUGCCCAGACCCUACAUGAGCGCGCCCCCUGUGAUGAACUACAUGAUGCCCCAACCUGGUGCAGCACAGGGCUCUGUCAUGGGAAAUCCGAUGGGUAGGCCUCCCAGUAUGGGCACCUAUCCACCAGUGAUGGCCUCCCAAAACAACCCAGCCAACACCAUGUACCCUCCAGGGGCCCAACAGAAAGGCUACCCUGGGAGUAUGGAGCAGCACUGUCCAAUGAUGAGCUACAAUGUUCCUGGUCAACCAUUGCAACUCCAGCCACAGCAAACAGGUGGCCCUGUUUCAGGUCCACACUACGACUAUGGUCAUGCAAGGCCUCACAUGAUGGAGCCUGCAAGCUAUGGCGUUAAGAGGACCCCCUCCUUCCAGAACAAGAUGGCACCGCCCUCCAUGGUGCCCCAAGACAACUAUGUCAACAUGCAGGGAAAAGGGGCCAUGGGUCAAAAUGGACCUGGGGGAGGAGGAGGGGGAGGAUACCCCGCUAACCUGUACUUGCCUCCUCAUUCCCACCCCCGACAGGCAAGCCCCACCUCCCACCAAGUUCACAUGAUGUCCAGGUCUCCAGGUGGAGUGGCAGCCAUGGGCCCUGACUUCUCAGAUCUGCCGCAAAGCUUGAUGACACCGUCCAGAGCCAGCCUCAACCUGGACCUGUAUGAGCACCACUGGGCAGGGCCCCCAGGGCCCGAAGGGGCCCCUCCAGCCAGGCAACCCCAGCCCCAGGGCCCAUUUAGGGGGGAAGUGCGUGUCCCCAGUAGAACCAACUCUUUCAACAGUCGCUCUGCAGGACCCAACGUUGUCAGGCCUGCGAUGGCUGCACCUCCUGCAGCUGGAAAACAAGACCCCUCCUUGGGCCUACCAAACACCAUCACAGCUGUAACAUCCCCACCUAUUCAACAGCCCGUCAAGAGCAUCCGUGUGAUGAGACCAGAGCCCAAGACAGCGGUGGGACCGUGUCACCCAGGCUGGAUGACGGCUCAGGGCCAGGAUGCAUCAGAUUCUCUGGCCUACAUGCCGGAGGAGACUUACCCACUUGAGCCUGCUCAGGAGUCACGCUGCCCACCACCACCUUACCCCAAAAGUCUGCUCAUGUCUAACACAGCUGGUGAACAAGGGGCCCCGGACGGAGCAAUGUGCGGAGCUCAGGACCACUGUAACCCUGCAGCCAGAAGCACACACAACGGCAGUGGAGGGAGUGGAAAGGGAGAAGAGAGCCAGCAGGUCAAAGAGAAGACAAAGAUGGGCAAGGGAGAAAAACCUGUGAAAGACAAGAAACAGAUCCAGACGUCACCUGUUCCAGUGAGGAAGAACGGCCGUGACGAGGAGAAGAGGGAAUCGCGUAUCAAGACCUACUCACCUUUUGCAUUCAAGUUCUACAUGGAGCAGCACAUAGAGAACGUGAUGAAGACCCACCAGCAGAAACUUAACCGCAGGCUGCAACUGGAGCAAGAGAUGUCGAAGGCCGGACUGUCAGAAGCGGAGCAGGAACAGAUGAGGAAGAUGCUGAACCAGAAAGAGUCCAACUACAACAGGCUACGCCGAGCCAAAAUGGACAAGUCCAUGUUUGUCAAAAUCAAGACGCUGGGCAUCGGCGCCUUUGGUGAAGUGUGUCUGACGCGUAAAGUAGACACGUGUGCCCUUUAUGCCAUGAAAACACUUCGCAAGAAAGACGUCCUCAACCGCAACCAGGUGGCUCACGUGAAAGCGGAGCGGGACAUCUUAGCGGAGGCAGACAACGAGUGGGUGGUGCGUCUCUACUACUCCUUCCAGGACCGGGACAGCCUGUACUUUGUCAUGGACUACAUCCCCGGAGGAGACAUGAUGAGCCUGCUCAUCCGGAUGGGCGUCUUCCCCGAACCUCUUGCACGCUUCUACGUGGCGGAGUUGACGCUGGCCAUUGAGAGUGUCCAUAAGAUGGGCUUCAUCCACCGCGACAUCAAGCCCGACAACAUCCUCAUCGACCUGGACGGCCACAUUAAGCUGACAGACUUCGGCCUGUGCACAGGCUUCCGCUGGACACACAACUCCAAGUACUACCAGAAAGGAAGUCACAUCAGACAGGACAGCAUGGAGCCCAGUGACUUCUGGGAUGACGUGUCCAACUGUCGCUGUGGUGAUCGGCUGAUGACACUCGAGCAACGCGCCAACAGGCAGCACCAGCGCUGCCUUGCUCACUCCCUGGUCGGAACACCUAACUACAUAGCACCUGAGGUGCUGCUGCGCAAAGGCUACACCCAGCUAUGUGACUGGUGGAGCGUCGGCGUUAUCCUGUUUGAGAUGCUGGUGGGACAGCCGCCCUUCCUGGCUUCCACACCCACCGAGACCCAGAUUAAGGUCAUAAACUGGGAGAGCACGCUGCAGGUGCCUGCACAGGUCAAACUUAGCCCAGAGUCUGUCGACAUAAUCGCUCGCCUCUGCUGCUCUGCAGAGGAUCGACUGGGCUCCAAUGGAGCCGGCGAAAUCAAGUCCCACCCCUUCUUCACCCAGAUGGACUUCUCCAGCAAUCAACGGCAGCAGCCGGCCCCCUACCGGCCCAAGAUCGCCCACCCAAUGGACACGUCCAACUUUGACCCUGUGGAGGAGGAGGGCGGCCCCGGGGCAUGGAGUGACAGCGGGGACAGCACCCGGGCUUUGGAUAUUCUCUUCUCCCCAAAUGGCAAGCACCCAGAGCACGCCUUCUAUGAAUUCACCUUCCGCAGGUUCUUUGAUGACAACGGCUGCCCUUUCCGCUACCCCAAGCCGCUUGAGGCCAGCGAGAUGACGUCGAGCAUCACCGGAACCAGUGGCAUGGGGGAGGAGGCGGAACAAGACGAGGAGGAUGACGAAGAAGAAGAUGAAGAGGAUGGAGAAGAGCAGGGAGAGGGAUGUGAGCCAGUGUACGUGUAGAGCUGCAGACUGAACUCUUACUAAUGUUCAUCAUUGAGCUUGUAGCCCUCCACCUCUCUCUUUCUGUUUAUGUGUCUGUGUGUGUUUAGACAUAUCUGGCAUGUGUGAUUGUUAACUUGAGGUAGCAGGAACAUUGCCACCUUGUGGAAUCUAUAAUGCCUCCACCCUGACUUCAAAAACAAGACUCCCCUGAUCCGGGACCAAGAGACAACAUUCAGCACGUUACUGACUGCAUCUAGGGUGAAGCGAAUGCGGUUUGCAGAGCAAGACUCAGACUGGUCAGGUUGCACUGAGAUCCAUGGGAACGUAAGGAUGUCUGGAUCCAAUGGUUCUAGUUAGAGGACUGCUUCUGGUUCUUCCAGCAGUUUCUUCUCCCAUUCCUUCCACCCUUGGUCUUACGGACCAUCAAAACACCUCGAUGGUGAUUAUCUGACACGGGAAAUUACUUCCUGUUCUACCUUAGCUGCUUUUUACGGCAAUGUGAAGAGUGGAACUAGUUUACUUGUUGAUCGUGCACGGGGGAAGAGGGGGAGAGGGUGGGGUAGGGGACUAGCGACACACCUCUUUCACAGCUGCUGCAAAAUAAGCUACAAAAUGCAUGCGUGCACGCACCCACACUUAUUCAGUACAGGUCGUGUUCGGGUCACAGAGGAUGAAAGUGCACGGCUCUCUGCAGAAAGAUUGCCUCUUCUCUCAGAAGUAGUCUUAGACCAGAAAGAAAACAGUUGUUUUUGGCGUGAAUGAGAAUCGACAUUGACUUUUUUUUUUUUUUUUUAUAUAUUUCUGUGCCUUUGUCUUAAAUUUCUACCUUUUUGUGACAUGAAAUUUAAAGGAGACAUUCAAUGCUUUUUUCAGUGUUUCUUUCAUGUAGUGUGUUAUAUGUAAAGGUGCUGCAAAGCCAAAAAGCCCAAAGUCUGCAGUAAAGGGAGCUCCUCUCCCCCACAGAGAACACUGCUCCUGAAGGUCCUUAAACGCCUCAUCAGAUGUCCGGCUGAUACUUCGGCAUCAUGUGACAUGAGUAGUAUUGGAAUUGUUGUGAUGGAAAUAGUUGACCAAUCACAACAGAGUGGCUCAAGUGCCCAAUCAGACUGGGCUUUUUAGGAAGGAGGCCUGAAAGGGAUAAUAGCUAAAACUAAGUGUUUGAGACAGAGGCUGAGAGAGGAGCUGCAGCGAUGGACACUCUGAGAAAACUUAUUUUUUGAAACACUCUUUAGAAUUGAAACAACCAAAUAGUUUUUGGUUGUUCUGUCCUCUACAUCCACAGCUGCCUCAUUUUGUGCCAACUGUCGUUAAUGUUUUGUCCUAUAGAUGGAGCCAGAUACUCCUUCCCUCAGAGGAUGCUGUUACAAAUAUCCUCGUUAGUGUGAAAUACUUCCUGUUACUGACUCUCUGUCUGGACUGACCAUUUCAAAUGUUACCUCCAGCAAAAAUCGACAACUUACACAGACGCAAAGAGAGUCUGUAGAGUUUGCUUUGGGCUCUACAGCCAUAUUUGAUUUCCAGUCGGAUCCAAGACUUAUUUAAACCAUAAAUUUAACUUUCAGCCUCACAUGCAGUUCAUUUCUGCUUGUAAAUCAGAUGAAAAAUACACAUUUUUGUUCAUAUGAUCCGUCUUGUUUAUGAGGGGGACAGAUUAUUUCACGCGUUAGCGCAACCGUUUCUCAUGCUUUGUUUUAAAGACUGAUUCACAAAGGCUUGAAACAUCAGCUCAGGUCUCUGACUGAGAAGUACAAACACACACAUACACUCAGAUUGACCAAGAUUUACACUUUUACAGCAAUUUUUGAAAGAUCAGCCCCACUGUUGCAUUUUAACUUAACCAGCCUCAUCGGAUCUCUGGAGGCAGUCAAAAUACAAAGCGACGCAUUCUUUCAACAGCCAAACAUGUGAUAGUUUGACUAUGUGCAAUACAAAAAAAAUACAUUAUAUAUAGUUUUCUAAACACUUACUAUCUUUUUUUUUUUUUUUUUAGCUUUUAGUACUGAAAUGUACAAAUAUAUUGGUUUAUAUAUAUUUUCCUUUUCAGUUACAUCAUGCUGCUUAUUAAUGUGGUUAAUAUUAUUUACAUUAUUAUUAUAAUUGCUAUAACAUGUGUACCUGUUUUUUUCCUUUUAAAAGAAGUGUUGGCUCAGUUGCCAUGUGUGCCUGGGUUUUGAAAGUAUCGAGCUAUGUGCCUUUUCUAAGUGAAUGUUGGAGUGUGUGUCGCGCCCAGUGACAGCAGGAGACGACGACGAUGAUCAGUGUUUGCUGAACCUUUGCUCGCUUUGCCUCCUGCGGCCGGGCUGGUCCUGAACGCAGGAUAGAGGAGCGUGGAAAAGGUUUCACGGUUCAGAAAGAGACGAUAAAAGUUAGAGGAGCGAGGCAGGUUGGCUUUAGGAAAUGUAAUAGUAAAAUAAGAAUGAAUUGCUUUCUAUAUUUUACAAACAAAUGGUUAAACUUCAGUUAAGAGUUGGUAUUUGGUACAUUUUCUUUAUUUAUCCGAAAUUACCACAACGUUUGAGUGAUUUUUAACUCUGUACUUCUACUACAGAAUGAAUCCAUGUUCUGUAUCACUCAGCAGAUGACGCAUCAUCCUACACUUUCAUGCUUAUUGACAAUCAGUAAACGGUGACCGCUCUCUUUGAACUGAGCUGUGCGCUUCAUUAAUACCCAGCCGUUCCAACAGUAUUGUGAAUUUGACUUGAUGGCAAACGCUUAAGAAGUCAAAACUUGUCCAGUGAUUAUCUGAUUCAGAACUGGUUGAAUGAUGAAAAAUGUGUGGAUAAGAUUUGUUACAGAUUGGUUUUUUUUAUUAUUAUUUUUGCUUGACAAUGUAUUGAAAUUUUAGCUUUUUUAUGUAAAUGUGCCAUGUGUUCUAAAGUGAGCAGCACAAUCUUUAAAAGAUUUCCUUCUCUACGAUCUCUUCUUCACAGACAUCUGUUAUUACUGUUGAUGUGGGGAAACUGAGUAAAUUCGGUUCCAAGUUCUCACUGGCUUUGUUUACAUACACAAAUAUUAUUGUUAUUUUGGUCAGCAAUUUACAUCAAGUAGAGUUAGAAUUGCUCCAAGUAGAGCUAAUACAUCUGCCAACAAUCCCCUUAAUUUUGAUCGUACCGUAAACCAAAUUGCACACAAUCGGAUAUAAGUCCUCAAAAUAUGGGCAAAUUUAUAAUUCGAUUAAAAAAUUUUUUAAAAUUGAUUUAAUCAAGUUUCCUAAAUGGUGCCCUGGGAAAUUGGUGAGAAUGUCAAUAAGUCCUCAUCUCAAAAUUGUACAUAAUUUGAUGAAAAAAAUAUUCCCGGAUCCGUAUCUUUUUCAGAUGUGCGCAAAAUUUUGGUGUGUUUUUUCUUGGCCCGUGUCCUAUUGUUCCACCAGGUUUUGGACAAAGCAAUAAAUUAAAGCUACUGCUAUCAAAGACUGAAACGACCUAUCUGAAAGAGACUUUUUUUCCUGGGAUGACAUGAAAACACCAUAAAAAUUGUGUUUACAGUGACUGUUUACUUACAGUUACAAUAUACAGCUUCGGGAUGCUUUUAUUUGUAGUGGAUUGUUUAAAUUAAAGUUUUGUGGACUGAAAGAAUUUUUUCAAAUGUGAAAGUGUCUGUAAACACAGCCAGUGUUUCCUGUGAGCUGCUGACCUGAACCACAGUCUUCUGCAGAUCCAUCACUUGUGCAUGAGGUGCCUUGCUCGAUGGCACCAUCACUGUGACUGUUAAAGCAGGCAGACGUUGCUCUCUCACUCUUCCCGAUCCAGUUGUUUCUGUGAUCCGGUCCAGACGUCCUUCCACUUCUCUAAACCUCUCGUUGACAUGGACAGACUGCUGCAUGAACAAAUAGCUUUAUAAUGACUCUGUGCAGAGUGUGUGAGUGCCACAAAGUGUGUGAGGUGUUUCCUGGAUGUGUUUUUUUAAGGUUAAAGAGUGAUGACUGACAAUCUUCAACUGACUUGAUUUCUUCACUUGUAUCUUUUUCAUUUUGUAUUUUUACUCUAAGGAGCCUCUGCUCAUUUUUGAUGCUUCUUAAUGUAUGAUACAAUUCUGUUACUCUUGAAUUUAUAUUUAUACAGAUAUACAUAUUUUUUGUAUCUUUUUUCCCCCCAUUGUGCUAAUGUUAAAACAUCCAUGUCUACACAGUAUUAAAGAUGAUGUAAUGUGGACAGCUAUCUCUUUUUUUUUACACUUAUGUAUGAACUGAGAAUUUGUAAAAAAGCUUUCACAGUCCUUGUGUGUAAAAUAUAUGUAUAAAUUAAAUUAACCAAUGUGGA